CAGGCACCUUUGAGCCGUUCUUGUAGCUUCGAAGGUCGCGUUGCUACCGCAUUGUUUUGGUGUAAACAGAACAUCAUCUGCCGCCCGGCCCAUUUCCAAUAAUGGCCACCGACAUUCGCCGAUCGCGGUCGAACACUUCAAUAUCAACAAGAAGCAAUCGUCCGCUGUCGCGCGCGUCGACGACGAGUGUGCAUUCUUUUGAUCAGCACGACAUCCAGCCUCAAUUUUCCCAGUCUCAACCGCCACGGCCGGCGCACUUUUCGCAAUCACAAUACACUACAUCGUUCACUGGCGAACCACUUCAACCCGCCCUACUACAGGCCGCGCAGCAUGCGAGCGCGCAGGACAAUCUGAUGAACACGUCGAUGGAAAGUCUGCAGCAAUAUCUCGGGUAUCCCGUCGAUGCCAACCAGAACCCCAUCCAUACGAACGGCAUGCCACCGCAGCCUAUGGACGCCCAUGUGUACCACCAGUCCAUGUCACAGCCGCCGCCACAAUCGCAGUACAUGACACCGCUUGUCGAAGUGGAGGACAAAAAGAAGAAGGGCUCGACGUCAGGAAGCGCGACGAACGACAAGGAACUACGCCAGAUGUUGCAGCAGAACGAGGGUCGCAAACUGAAGGACGUGGCUGCAGAGGUCAUCCAAACUGACAGGACGUCGAAGGCGGAGAAAUCCAAGCAGCUGUUUGCUAUGCUCUGGCUCAAGUCUGUUUGCCGUACUGCAAAGACGUCCGUACCGCGCAAUAGGGUCUACUCUAAGUACGCAGAGCGUUGUGGUACUGACCGCGUCAUCCCUCUCAACCCUGCCUCGUUUGGCAAGCUCGUACGCGUCAUCUUUCCAGGUAUACAAACGCGACGACUAGGUGUUCGCGGAGAGUCCAAAUACCACUACGUCGACCUCGCCCUCAUCAACGACAGUGACGAUGGAGAGGAUACUCGACGACCAAGCAUUGGUCCUACAACACACCACAGUAUGAAGAGGCAGCAGUCAUCUGGUCCGAAGCUCGACUUCAACUCUAUACCACGUCUGCCCGCUGACAGUGCGCAAUUCCCUCCACCUGAUACUGGUAUUGAGUCGACAUCCACACAAUAUGCACCAGCUGGAUCCAAGGGGCUUCUCUUCGCCGAUAUCUACUCGAACCAGUACCGCCCAGCCAACACUCGCACCAAGACCUGUUACGAAUAUGAGCUGAAAUUCCCAACUGCGGAAGUACUUGUAGCCUCAGAUGUUCUCGAAAUUGAACUUCCAGACAUCACACCUUACCUGCCCGCACGCACUGAUCCGGACUCAGCGGACAAUUUAACGGCCAUGUACCGCUCCCACGUUACGUCUCUAGUAGACUCGGUCCGGUACUGCAAGGAGAAGCAAUUCUUCCGACUCUUUGGUACCUUUCACGGCACGUUGACAGUGCCAGUGCAGAAACUGUUCGCCUCGCCAGAGCUCGCGCCAUGGAUCAAGGAGUGCGAUUGGAUGAUGUACCAAAAGAUGAUCCGGAACGUUUCCCAGCUCACACUGCAGGUCGCACCGCCCAUCGUCCUCAGAUUCCUCGAUAACGUCGCGAAGACCCUCCAUGCACACAUCAGCAAAGUUUUUCAACCCUUACCUGUACACGUCCUAGAGGCCAAGCUGGAGCCAGCUACAAACUUUGCACACCUCUUGCGCCAGAUGCUACGAGUAAACUCGGCCGCGCACGCGGCUGCUGUCAUGCUCACGGCUGAAAACCACCGCACACAGAUGUUCGCAGACUGGCUCUCGCACGUGAACAUCAAGCGCGUCAUCGCCAAUGAGCUACCUGGGUCUUGUAGCCAUGAAGAAGUGUACCGCAUUUUGAUGUCCGAGAUCCGACCCAUGCUUGGCCCAUUGCCACAGGACAUCCAGUUGCCGACUGGUAGCAUCUACCACGCCACGUACCCCGACCCUCCCGCCGAUCCUACAGAAUCCGUCAUCGACCGCAUCGCCGCCUUCCUCACACGAUUGCCUUUCCGCUUCCCGAAUACGCACGCUCGCACUGUCCUUCAUUGUAUCAAUGCGAUUGGAUCUGCUGCAGUACGAGAGAUCACAGUUGAGAAUGGUAUCAGCUUCCAGGCUUGGUGGCUGACCAAGGUCUUCGUCGAUGAAAUGGCUCAAUGGCUCGCGUCUUUGGGCGGAUUUCUGGAUCACAGCCCGCCGAACUGGAGUUCUCCUUCUUACUCGCCAGUUCUCGAGGAGUCUGUGCAUGCAGGCAUGACCAAUGGUGGAAGCGGGAGCAACAACGAAAGCAGAUACAGCAGCCUGGAUGCCGAGUUUGGGCCAGAUCAGUCUUUUCUGUCCACUACUUCAACGGCGAUGCAGGAAAACUCUAAUGCGAACGAAGAUCAUCAGUCAAUGCUCGACGAACUGCUCAACAACAAUAUGAUCCCAUGAGCUUCAGUUUCGACUAUGACAUCCACGCGUCCCAGCAGGAGCACCACGAUGAUAGCGGCAUCGGUCUCCUUGACGACGGCCUCGAGACGAAGUUCCCAUCCCACAUGCAGCAAGACCUGAAGCCACGUUUCUCACAC